CAUUGUUGUUGUUGCUGUCUAUAUAUUCUACCUAUUGUGGUUAGCGAUAACCAACUACCUACGACUAAUAGCCUAGCUGUUACCACAUUUAUCUAACUGCUAAUAAUGCUCCUGCAGCAAUUUUGUGCUCUACUUAUUGUUGCAAUUACCUUUUCCAGCCCAACUUUUUGUAGACAAGAUUAUGUAUCAGCUGUUGGUGACCCUGGAAUGAAAAAAGAUGAUCUUAGAAUAGCAAUUGAGGCAUGGAAUCAGUGCAAUGAGGUUGGUGAAGAAGCUCCAAAUAUGGGAAGUCCCAGAGAAGCAGACUGCUUUGACAUUGAUAAUUCUACAACCCCUAUUAGGUUAAUUCACAGGGUAAAUGAAGAAGAAAACAAGCUUGGCAUAUCAAAUGCUUUUUCUCAAGGUUUAUGGACAUUAUCUGCUGAUCAAUAUGCAGCAUGGAAAGAAAUAUAUCUUGGCAAUAGAUGUGAAGUCCAAGAUGAGCCAAAAUCUUGGCAGUUUUGGAUGAUAAUGCUCAAGAGUGGAAACAUGGACACAUUAGCUGCUAUAUGUCCUAAAAAUGGCAGAAAAGCAUAUCCCUUUCCACCAGAUUCCGGAUUUCCUUGCUUCGGCGAAGGUUGCAUGAACAUGCCACUGAUUUAUCACAACUAUACAAGAAUAGAAGAAGGCAAUAAACUUAAGGGAAGUUUUUAUGGAACUUGGGAUUUGGAUGCUGAUGUUCACAAGGCAGAAGUAGAUAAUGAUACAUCAUAUUAUGCAGUGAGGUGGGAGAAAGAAGUUGGGAAGAAGAAAAGUUGGAUCUAUCAUCAUGUGUUGAAGACAUCAAAAAAAUAUCCAUGGUUGAUGUUGUAUUUAAGAUCAGAUGCCACAAUGGGAUUUUCUGGUGGAUACCAUUAUCAAACCAGGGGAAUGAUGAAAAGUAUCCCUUCUUCACCUAAUUUCAGAGUAAAAUUCACAUUGGAGAUAAAGAAAGGUGGAGGACAAAGGAGCCAAUUUUACCUCAUGGACAUUGGUGGUUGUUGGAAGAACAAUGGCAAACCUUGCGAUGGCGAUGUCACAACAGACGUUACUCGAUACAGCGAGAUGAUCAUAAAUCCUGCUAUAGACUCAUGGUGCAAUCUGAAUAACCUAAGAUCAUGUCCACCUUACCACACCUUCCCCAAUAGAACUCGUGUCCAUCGGUCGGACAAAAGCAACUUCCCCUAUGAGGCUUAUCACUACUACUGUUCUCCAGGAAAUGCUGAAAAUCUUGAGAAACCUUAUAAUUUGUGUGAUCCAUAUAGCAACCCCCAACCUCAGGAAAUUCUGCAAAUUUUGCCUCAUCCAGUUUGGAGAGAAUAUGGAUAUCCAACAAAGAAGGGUGAAGGCUGGAUAGGUGAUCCUAGAACAUGGGAACUUGAUGUUGGGAAACUUUCAGAGUCCCUUUACUUCUACCAGGAUCCUGGUACUCCACUAGCCAAGAGAUAUUGGCCAUCCAUUGAUUUAGGAACAGAGAUUUUUGUCAGUGACAAUGAAUAUGCAGAAUGGACAGUUAGUGACUUUGACAUCAUCGUUCCUAGUGGCAAAUGAUCUCAGAAACUAUUGCAAGAGUGUCUGUCAAUACAGGGAAGAAGAAAAAAGAAUUCUAGACGACUAAGUUCUAAAUUCUCAAUUAUUUCCUCAAAAUGAGAUUUCCAUUGAGUACUCAUGUCACAGCGAACUCUGAAAACCUCGUAUUUCUUAGGGACAUCUUUUACCUCAGAGUAUUAAGAAACAAUUUGAAUUAGAUGCAUGACAACAAGGUUUGCUCAAGAUUAACAGGAAAAAAGAAAGCUUCAAAAUGGAUAACAGGAAAGCAGGGAAACAAGAUUGGAGUUGCAGUCUAAAUGGUAGCAACUUCAUUUAAGUGAUAAAUGUUUAAAUAUAACAUGUUGAGAGUCUU